AUGGGUCAUCUUGAAGAAGAUGGGUCUGAAUUAGAAGAAUUCAAGCCAUGCAGUGAUGAGUUUAUACUAAUAGGAGGAUUUGAUGGUUCUUCUUGGCUGUUGGGUUUGGACUCCUAUUCUCCUUCGCAAGACCUAAUGGAGACUCUCACUUCAAUGAGGGCUGUUCGCCAAUAUGCCUCAGUAGGAAGGUUAAACGGUGAACUCUACAUAGUUGGUGGUGCAACUGAUGGUGCCUGGUAUAACACAGUGGAAUCAUACAACCCUUUAACCAAGCAAUGGACUUCUCGACCUUCUUUAAAGCAAAGAAAGGGAAGUUUGGCAAGUGUUUCUUUGGAGGACAAGAUAUUUGCAAUUGGAGGUGGUGAUGGGGUUGAUUGCUUUUCUGAGGUGGAAAUAUUUGAUCUGAAUGCUGGGAGGUGGAUACCUGUUCAGCCAAUGCUUAACAAGCGAUUUGCAGCUGCUGCAGCAGAAAUUAAUGGCAUGCUCUAUGUUGCUGGGGGAUACAAUGGAAAGGAAUACUUAAAGUCAGUUGAAAGAUGUGAUCAACGAGAGCAUACAUGGACAAGACUUGAGAGUAUGACCACAAAGAGAGGGUCACAUUCUUUGGUUGUUCUGAAUGAGAAAUUAUAUGCUUUGGGGGGCUAUGAUGGGGACAAGAUGGUCGCAACAGUUGAGGUAUUUGAUCCUCGUGCUGGUUCGUGGAUGGUAGCGGAAUCCAUGAACAGUUCCAGGGCAUAUUUUGGUGCUGUUGCGAUGGGAGAUGCAAUAUAUGUUAUUGGGGGGCUGGAUAAUGAUAAUCAAGUUCUAGACACGGUUGAGUGUUUCAGGGAAAGCCAUGGAUGGCAGGUGGGUUACUCAAAUGCCAUCGGUAAAAGAUGCUUCCUCUCUGCUGUUGUUAUAUGA